AGUAUUUUCCAACCCUGGUCCUCAAGGCACACUGACCUGCACGUUUAGACUGACCUGAUUCAGCACGCCUUAUUUCAAUUGAUGGCUGAUUAGCAGGCUUUCACUGGACUGCAGUUAUCUGAGUCGGGGGGGACAUCUAAGACAUGCAAGGCAGUGUGUCUUGACCGAGGAUCAGGAUUGGUAAACGCUGCUCCAGACACAGGAGCAUUUUUCAGAUGGCAGGUGAUGGAGCAGGUCACCAGGAUCAGGUUUGCUGUUGCAGGGAAACAUACGGGAUUGUGGAUCCUCGGGGAAACUCUGGUCUAGCCCAGUGGUUUCCGCUCCUGGCCCUGGGGGAACCCAUUGUCCUGCAUGUUUUAGCUGUUUCCCUGCCUCCACACAGCUGACUUAAAUAAACUGUCUCAAGGUCCCCGUGAGCCCAGAAGAAGAAUAGAAGGUUUGUUUCUCUGAUGGAUUUGAAAGGCGUGGAGCAAGCAAGCCUGGAUGCCGAGGAAUGCAGAUCCAAGAGCCCUCAUCAGGAACUGAAUGGCUGCCUAACUGAGAGAAGCCAACAUGUCGGUGAGGACUCAGCUCUUCAGGGAGUUGCUCUGCUCUGACAUAAUGAAGAGGAGUGGAAUGGGUUCUGAACCUGUCUGGACAGAGUCCUCUUGUCCUUUGCCUUCACAUUUAGUCUACGUGCCGCAGGAUAGAUGGAUGAUGGGAGAUCCCGAGAACUUCCCUGACAACCUGUUGCAUUCAUGCUGCACAGUAGAGGGCGCCGUGGACCAGAGAUGCUCAGAUCCCUCCGUGGAAUGUUGGCUGUGUCUGGCCAACCAGCCGCACACGGCAGACAGUCACACUGACCGGGACAACGGCCCGUCUCUCUCUCACGUUAUGGACAGCGCUGACCUGCGGACCCCCUCACCUGCCGGAGCCACUGCUGGUCCUGAGCUGUGCAGCUUCAUGGCCGACACAUGCGGUCUCAUUGGUUCUUGGUGCAGCGUGUGCAGGUCCUCCUGGGACACGAUCAGGUCCAGGAUUCCCAGUUCCAGUUCUGACCACUGUCCAGUCAGCGCUGCAGCACACCUGCACCUCCUGGGAGAGUCCUUGACUCUCAUUGGGAGGCAUCUUGAGGAGACUGAUAAAAGGGUGUGCAUGUGGAGCAGCCUCUCUCUGCUCCUGGACUCCUUGCUGUGUGCGCUGGCUCCUCUGAUGUGCCUCACUACACAGAUUCCUGAGCUGACGAGCUGCACCGAGCACACGCUGGCCUCCACUCUGGAAAACGUUGUUUACAUGAUGCCUGGCCUAUAAAUGAAGACCUCACUGCUUCUACACUAAGAUGCACGGACAGAUCUGUUACCUUUUUUCAUUUAGCUUUCAAACACGAAUGUGAAUAUUUAAGUUCAGUUUGCACAUUUAUUGCAUUUUUUGAUUAAACAAUUUCGCUGAACACUGAUUCGUGCAGGUUUAUCUUUUUGUUUGAAAAGUCACAUGGAGAUCCUGUUUCAGUGGGAGACGGAG